UCAUCAAAUAGAGAAUACAAAGCCGGUUGGAUUUGUCCCCCCCCUCUCUCUCUCUCUCUCUCUCUCUCUGUAUAGAGCGGGCGUAAACGAGCGGGAAGCGGGCCUGCGUCCUGGUUUUGCUCGCGUCCACAAAACCCAAGUAUCAGAGUCUCCGCAACACACCAUCACGAGAGAGAGAGAGAGAGAGAGAGAGAGAGAGAGAGAGAGAAUCUCGUCGUUGGAAAAGAAUAUUUGCCUUUUCGGCUGCCCUCACAAAAAAGGUAAACUUUCAAAGAUAUAGCAGAUUGCUUAGCUGCAAAUUACCAUGGCGGAAGAUGGAGACUACACAAAUGAUGGGACAGUGGAUAUCCAUAAAAACCCUGCCAACAGGAAAAAAACUGGAAACUGGAAGGCUUGCCGCUUUAUUCUUGGAAAUGAAUGCUGUGAGAGGUUGGCAUACUAUGGUAUGGGGACCAAUCUGGUGAACUAUCUUGAGAAACGUCUCAACAUGGGGAAUGUCCGUGCAUCAAAUAGUGUCACAAACUGGUCAGGAACCUGCUACAUCACACCCUUGAUUGGAGCUUUUCUAGCUGAUUCCUACUUGGGUCGAUAUUGGACAAUUGCCAGUUUCUCAAUCAUCUACGUGUUUGGAAUGACACUCUUAACAGUAUCGGCUUCAGUCAAAGGACUGAAACCAUCAUGCGAAAAUGACGUUUGCCACCCAACAUCAUCCCAAACUGCUAUCUGCUUUGCAGCACUCUACUUAAUUGCUCUUGGGACAGGUGGAAUCAAGCCGUGUGUCUCAUCCUUUGGUGCAGACCAAUUUGAUGAAACUGACAAAACUGAGAAGAAGAAGAAGAGCUCCUUCUUCAACUGGUUCUACUUUUCUAUCAAUGUGGGCGCGCUUAUUGCUUCCUCAGUUUUGGUUUGGAUACAGAUGAAUGUGGGAUGGGGAUGGGGGUUUGGUAUACCAGCAGUUGCGAUGGCGAUUGCAGUUGUGUUUUUCUUCUCUGGUAGCCGAUUGUAUCGGCUCCAAAAACCAGGUGGGAGUGCCCUGACGCGGAUGUUUCAGGUGGUGGUUGCUUCCUUGAGGAAAUCAAAUGUAGAAGUCCCUGAUGAUAAGUCACUUCUUUAUGAGAUUAUAGAUGCGGAAUGUAACAUUCAAGGAAGCCGCAAGCUCGAGCAUACCGGAAAGUUGAGAUUUUUCGACAAGGCUGCAGUGGAGACCGCAUCUGACCAAGUCAAGGGCGCUGCUAACCCGUGGCGACUCUGCACCGUGACCCAAGUUGAAGAACUCAAGUCCAUCGUCCGGUUACUCCCGAUCUGGGCCACCGGAAUCGUCUUCUCCACCGUCUACAGUCAAAUGAGCACCAUGUUUGUUCUCCAAGGCAACACAAUGGAUCAGCACAUGGGUCCAAGGUUCAAAAUUCCAUCCGCGUCCCUCUCCCUCUUUGACACCCUCAGCGUCAUCUUCUGGGCCCCGGUGUACGACAGACUCAUCGUGCCAUUCGCAAGAAAGUACACCGGUCAUGAACGCGGAUUCACUCAGCUUCAACGCAUGGGAAUCGGCCUCGUUAUUUCCAUCUUCUCCAUGGUAGUCGCGGGUGUACUAGAGGUGAUUCGCCUCGACUUUGUCCGAAGGCAUAACUACUAUGAUCUGGAGGAAAUUCCCAUGUCCAUAUUCUGGCAAGUCCCUCAAUACUUCCUCAUCGGAUGCGCGGAGGUUUUUACCUUCAUCGGGCAGCUGGAGUUUUUCUAUGACCAGGCUCCCGAUGCGAUGAGGAGCUUGUGCUCGGCUCUCUCGCUCACGACUGUUGCGUUGGGGAAUUACUUGAGCACUCUGCUCGUUACAGUAGUCACGAAUGUGACCACGAGGAAUGGGAAGCUCGGUUGGAUCCCGGAUAACUUGAACAAGGGCCAUCUUGACUAUUUCUACUGGCUUCUGGCUAUUCUCAGUGUGAUUAACUUCUUUGUGUACCUCUGGAUAUCCAAGUGGUAUACUUACAAGAAGGCCAAAGGAACCGCCUCGUGAUAUAUACAGUAUUAUGGUGGUAGCUAGGGACGAAAACUGUUUCGUGUUUGGUUGCUGAUUGUUUCUGUUUCUGCUAUUUGUUUCACGGCUUGAACCAAUGACAUGGUGAUCGCUUGUAGAUAUUUCACACAUGUUUUUUGAAUUAAAAUCUAUCCCAGUAUUUGCUUCAUGC